GCUCCAGGGGCUCCUGGGAGGAAGAAGCCCGUGGGACGAGCUGCAGGCAGGCUGGAUGUCGGCACAGGGGGAGUCCCGUGUGCCGAAAGAGACCGUACACCGAGCCGCGCGGUUUAAGCCUCAGAAGAGGCAUGGCAGGGCGGUUGGAAGCGUAUCGAGCGGCAGGGCGUGGUGCACCUUUGGGGCCGCUCCUCAGGUUUUGCGGCUCUUCGGCGCCUGACGUGAUGGACAACUUGGUACCGCCCCGGGCAGCCUUCCCCAGCUUUGGACUACAGCUCACAUCAGCCCUGACUAGUAUGGCUAAUGACCAGGGGGUAGACGCGGUUUGAGUUCAUAGUUCGCCCAGGCAAGGGCCGUGGACCUUUUGAUUAAUGCUCAUAAUAUUUAGAGGUUUCCCAAUUGCUCUCACCUGCCCUAAUACAAGUUUGCGUCUACCCCCUGAACUUGGUUACUGGGAGACAUUAGACUGGCUCUCGUAGCAGACUAGUAAGGAGUGUAACAGAGAUAAGCAGUCUUAAACUAGCGUGAGAUUUACCUCCGUGGUCUGCUCAUUAUUUUCAUUAAAUCUAAAGUCUAAAUUGCCCAAAGCAUCACUUGUUAACUGACUUUAUCAAAGUGCCUGGCUUGCAGAGAUCUGCCCAGCCACUUGGUUCUGGGCAAUUGUAAUUAUUCCCUGGGUCUUUAGCUAGUGAGGCCUGGACAAGAGAAACAGUUGGUGCAUUGGCUGUUCACAUACUGAGUUGAAUACCAGAGAGCUUCCUCACCUGUUGCUUCCUCCAAGGUGGCCCAGGCCCUUUAUAUUCGGAGCAAAUAGACAGAUUUGCUUGCAUAAAGGGUAUGAAUAAGAAGCAAAGUUUGAGUUAGGGCAAACUAAUGUAUGAGUGUACAGCUUACAGCUUAAUGAAUGUGUCUGGAGUGCCUUGGCUCUGCAGUCAUCUUGCUGGGAUGUAAUCUUUCCACAGUGCAUGUAGUGAUUUCUCUAGGCUAGAGAAAUUGGAAUAUAUAUGGGAGGAGAAUAUAUAAGCUAAAUAUCAGAAGCUAAAUAUCACAGAAGUCAUUCACUAAUUUACUGUGGCAUAAUACUUUUUCAGGGGCAGGAGCUCACUGAAUAAAAAGUUAUUUGAAAGAUACUGCUUUUCAUGGAAUGGAGAAAUGUAACAUGUGCUGAAAUGUGUGGGGAUGCUGAUGAUCUCUGAUGAUUAGUUUAUUAAUUUUAUUUCUGUAUUUCCCCAUAGCCUGAAGCCUCUCUGUGCAGUUUACACAUAUUUUUGCACUCAUCAGGAAAACGGCAGGAAAAGAGCAAAGCACACUAACAGGCUUGCAAUAUAUUUCUUUACCCUAUAACUCUCUUGGCACUUUCUCCAUGUGUGCUUCUCCUGCUGUAUCCCUUUAAUCUUCCUGAAGUUUAUUUCUGUGAUCAAAUGCUGUUCUCUCACCUGACCACACAUCCCUUGUUAAAAUAUGGGUGCCCAUGGAAGAAAGGGUCCAAGAGAGAGACGUGCACAUACACUUCAUUCUCUAGAUCAGCAGUUUCAAACUUUUUCAGUCAUGGAACUUUUCUGAAGACAUUUUCCCCCCAUGGAACCCUAACUUUAUCCCAGAUUUUUUACUAGGCAUUGUGAACCCGCAAUGUUCUUCCUUCUUUCUUCUGCUCCUAUUGCCUGAGUGCUUUGCAUAACAUAGUAGGUUUGGAAAUAAAAAGAAAACAUUUUAAAUAGAACAAAUGAAUAAAGCAAUUAUAUGGUAAUAUCCCAAAUGAAUUCUUUCAGUUAUUCCCAAAAGAGUCCUAGGAACCAAAUGAAGUGAUGCCUUUCCUUGUUUACUGCUUGGAUACCAAUUGGCAAUUGAAUAGUUGGCCCUGUGUGGUUUGAUUUUAAAAUCCAUUUUAAAUUUGAGUUUUGAGUUUUUUUGGAGAACCCCUAUGAGGCUUUUGUGGCUCCCUAAGGUUCCAUGGAACACAGUUUGGGAACUGCUGCUCUAGACAGCAGCCUCAGACAUAGCUAAUUUGGGACAACCUGAAAAGGUAGCAAAUAUUCAUUUAUUUUCUCUGCCAGGAAAAUAUAGGUGUUCAUGAGAUUUUCUACCUCAGAGGCUGAAGCAACUUGAAUAGCUUUGCUGACUACUAGGCACUUUAAGUGGGCCUUACCACAUUUUGAUCUUGAAAGACCCAAACAAAGUGUUGGCUCAUUGUCUUAAGCAAGCACAAUUUGGAACUUGCAGAAUUUUGUGCUGAAAUCAUAUUCUAUAUUAAUUAGUGUGUUUAUUAUAAAAUUCAAACUAUAGGAAUAUUUCUAAUUAUGUUUGCAUAUUUGCAGAUUCAUGCAAUUUUUUUGUCUACAGGCCUGAGCCCUAGAUCUUUUCAGUACCUAGCAUUGUUCCUGGUCAGGAAUCUUGUGAGUUGUAGUCUAAAAAAUCUGGAAAACAGCAAGCUGGGAAAGGCUGUGUUGAGGAAAUCUGACUUGAUUCAAGGAGGAAUUGUUCCUAAACACAAUGUUGAUUUUAUGUUUUACAAUAAUUUUGAUGUAUCUUGAGUAUCAAGGAAAAAGCUAAAUGUUAUUAUCAUCUUCAUUAUCACUAUUACUGCUAUUGCAAACAUGUAGUUUAUUUUGCACUCCAGUAUAUAUUUAUAGACCUAUUUAUACCUCGGUAUAUCUCUGUGUCUCACCUUUUUACUAAAAACCAUCAAGAUAGUUCCCAGCAAUGCAGAAUAAUCAAUAACACCAUUUAAAAAUAUUAACACCACAGAAAACACUAGAAGGAAUUUUAAAGCACCAGGUUAAAGAGGUGAGAUUUGACAGCUUUUUUGAAAACAAAGUGAAGGCCAUUCCUCAUUUGUUGUGAGGCAUCUUCCAGUAAGCUGUCAUGAGGUGGAUUGCAGUGCAGUCAAGCUUAUCUAGCAAGAAGCAGCCAUAUUUUUCAUAUUAGUCUUCUUUUAAUUAAGUAUGUUUCAGAAUCUUGGUAAAUAUUUGUGAGGGAAGCUUCGCUCCUAAUAACUUUUGACAUGGGAUAAAGAUUUGCAAUAGAUCAUUUGUUGCCUUGUUAAUAUGCUUGUAUUUCUUGCUUUGUGUAGAUAAACAUCUUUUCCAUUAGUAUCUGAAUUUGGUUGUCAUCUUGUAAAGUCACAUACAUAAACGUCAAACUUAGUGAGGUGGUGCUUACUAAAGUCAAUUCUUGUUUGGAACUGAAAGCAGAGCUCAAGAUUGUCAUCAGUGUAUUUUAGUAGGGUGCCAUGUGUAUUUGUAAAAAUGGGGGAACUUUAAAUGUCUUCAGAGGACAAAGAAGCUCAGGAAGAUGAGCUUCUUGCAUUGGCAAGUAUUUAUGAUGAAGAUGAAUUCAAGAGAGCACAGUCUGUGCAGGGAGGAGAAACUAGAAUUUCGGUUGACCUGCCUCCAAACUUUACUGUAUGUGUGAAUGACCACCUGGCAGAGAAUCUGCAGAACAGCAAGUUUCAGUGCACAGUCAGCUUCUUACCUCCAAUUGUGUUGAAUUUUGAAUUCCCAGCAAACUAUCCAUCAGCUUCUCCACCUGUAUUUACCCUCAGUAGCAAGUGGCUCUCCCGGGCUCAGCUCAGUGUUCUUUGCAAGCGUUUAGACAACUUAUGGGAAGAAAACAGAGGCUCUGUCGUCCUGUUUGCCUGGAUGCAGUUUCUGAAGGAAGAAACACUUGCAUAUCUCAACAUCAGCUCACCAUAUGAGCCAAAGAUACGUGAACAAGGAAAGGAACACUACAGGCUUGAUGAAGAGGCAGCUUGUGCUGGCGAAUCAGGUGCUACAGCAGCACCAGAAGAAGUCCUUGAUACAAGAGCUGUGCAGGACAUUGAGUCUCUAUCCAGUUUGAUUAGGGAAAUUCUAGACUUUGAUCAGGCCCAAAAAGAAAAGUGCUUCAACAGUAAAAUGUACAUGUGUAAUAUCUGUUUUUCUGAAAAGCUGGGAAGUGAAUGUAUGUACUUUAUAAACUGUAGGCAUAUAUACUGUAAGUCCUGCUUAAAGGACUAUUUUGAAAUUCAAAUCAAAGAUGGGCAGGUCCACUGCCUGAAUUGUCCAGAGCCUGAGUGUCCUUCUGUUGCUACUCCUGGUCAGGUGAAGGAGCUGGUGGACGAGGAGCUGUUUGCCCGUUAUGAUCGUCUGCUGCUUCAGUCAAGUUUGGAUCUGAUGGCAGAUGUCGUAAAUUGCCCACGUCCGUGCUGCCAAACACCAGUGAUGCAGGAGCCAAGUUGCACAAUGGGCAUCUGUUCCAGGUGCAAUUAUGCUUUCUGUACAUUGUGUAAGAUGACUUACCAUGGUGUCUCCCCCUGUAAAGUCACUGCUGAGAAGUUAAUAGACUUAAACCGUGAGUACCUUGAAGCUGAUGAAGUCACAAAACAGUUUUUAGAAAAACGUUACGGGAAAGGAGUGAUUCGAAAAGCACUUGAGGAGAUGGAAAGUACAGAAUGGCUUGCAAAGAAUUCCAAAUCAUGUCCUCACUGUGGAACUCCAAUACAGAAGUUCGAUGGAUGUAACAAGAUGACAUGCACUGCUUGCAGGCAAUAUUUCUGUUGGCUUUGUAUGCGUCCUUUGUCAAGGGCAUCACCAUACAUGCACUUUAAUGAUGCAGCCUCUCCAUGCUUUGAUCGGCUUUUUUACGCUAUGCAGAAUGAUACUGAUGAGGAUGACUAGUCCCUACUCGGUGUCUUAAGGCAAGAACAUCAAACAAGAAAUGAAGUCGUGCCAUGCAUGCUUGUUCAAGUUCAUUUUGAACACUGAUGGAUAAGAUGCAAACACUUGACGAUGUCUAUAGAAUUGCUUCUGUUUGCUGCCACUAGAAGCCUUUAACCUGAUGAGGUGAUCUAAUAUCUUUUCUUCUACUUGUGAAAUACUACAGCACUGAAAAGUUGAGCAAAUGCACUAAAAUUUCACAA